GUCAAUGAAAAUUUAGGCAGCUUUAUGUUUGCACUGAGACAGCUACGGAUUCAGCGCUUUCUUCAACAUGGCGGAAGAUCGUGCUACCGCGAUGAAGGAAGAAGACAAAACGGAGGAUUCGGUCGUCUUAGAUGGACAACAUGAUGACGAACCGCAGCCGGGGACAAGUCAGGACAACAUGGUGACAAAGAAGAAGAGUAAGAAGAGGAAGAAGAAGAAGGGAGGAGAGGCGGCAGCAGCUGGGGAUGCAGAAAAAACAGAUGACGGCUUCCCCUUGCAGAAGCUACAGGAAGUGCAGCGGGCCCUGCAGCAGUUGUCCGUCCAUCAGCAGCCCAAGAGUGUGGACGAGGCUCGGGACAAGAAGUACGAGUUCUGGGAUACUCAACCUGUACCCAAGAUAGGAGAGGACGUGAAAGGCUACGGGCCCAUUGAAGCUGACAAACCUCAGUCUGAAGUGCGACAGGAGCCGUACAGUCUUCCCCAGGGGUUCGAGUGGGACACACUGGACAUCAGCAAGCCUGAUGUGUUAAGUGAGCUGUACGUUCUACUGAAUGAGAACUAUGUGGAGGAUGAUGACAACAUGUUCAGGUUCGACUACUCCAAAGAUUUCCUGCUGUGGGCGUUAAAGCCGCCAGGUUGGCUACUCCAGUGGCACUGCGGCGUCCGUGUGGUCUCCAAUAAGAAACUAGUGGGGUUCAUCAGUGCAGUGCCUGCUGCCAUCAGAAUAAAGGACCAUCUGCAGAAGAUGGUCGAGAUCAACUUCCUUUGUGUCCACAAGAAGUUACGGUCGAAGCGCGUGGCGCCGGUCCUGAUCCGAGAGAUCACGAGACGGGUGCACCAGCAGGGACUGUUCCAAGCUGUGUACACGGCGGGGGUGGUGCUGCCCAGGCCGGUGGCAAAAUGCAGAUAUUGGCACAGGUCCUUGAACCCCAAGAAGCUGAUUGAGGUGAAAGUCUCCCUCUGGGGGCGGGACAGGACCAUGCAGAGAACCAUCAACCUGUAUAAGCUGCCAGAUGAACCGAAGACCGCCGGCCUGAGGCCCAUGGUGAAGUCAGACAUCCCCCAGGUCCACGCCCUCCUGGACCAACACCUGCAGAAGUUCAACUUGUCUCCUGUCUUCUCCCUGGACGAGUUUGAACACUGGUUCCUGCCCAGAGAAGGCAUCAUUGACUCCUUCGUUGUGGAGGAGGAGGCAGGCGGAGAGAAGACCAUCACAGACUUCAUCAGUUUCUACACCCUCCCCUCCACCAUAAUGCACCACCCCCAGUACACUCAGCUGAAGGCUGCCUACUCCUUCUAUAACGUCAACAACAAGCACAGUCUACUGGACAUCAUGAACGAUGCACUCAUCCUCGCUAAACAGAGAGAUUUUGAUGUAUUCAAUGCACUGGACCUGAUGCAGAACAAGGAGUUCUUGGAACAGCUGAAGUUCGGCAUAGGUGAUGGCAACCUGCAGUAUUACCUGUACAACUACAGGUGUCCGGAGAUGUCACCCAAUGAUGUUGGACUGGUUUUACAAUGACGAUGUCAGCAGAGCCAGUCACAUAUAGUGGACACGAGUGCAGUAGCUACAAUAUAGGAGUUAGACACGGAACAAGUGCAAGUUCAACUUGAUUCUGGGCAACAGGCCUUCGCUAGGACUAUAAAUAGGUUAUCAUAUAUACAUAGAAAAAUCUAGAAGGUACAGUAUAGGGGUGGGUACAGUGAUUCUCUAGACCUGAAUGUAUUGACUGGUACCCACCUCUAGCACAGUACAGUGUAUUUUGUACUCCCUGAGCAGGGGUUCGGUUCCGACUGUUUUUUA